UACUGCAGGGUGGGGGAGAUCCCUGGGGUCUUCCCCCAGUGCAGGGCUUGUUCCGAACAAAGUGACCCGACAAAGGGAACCCCCCAGCCCGGCUCCCAAGGGACCCAGCUCUGCCUUCCCGGAAGGUCUCGGGGGGGGCCGGGGCUGCCCCGCUCCGCCCCUCCCGCCCGAUAAAAGGCGGCGGCGCCGUCGGGGACCCGCUGUCGCGGUAUCGCGCUGCUGUCGCGGUGCCCGGGAUGCGCCGCGCGCUCCUGGCGCUCAUGGUCGCUGCUGUCGCCGCCGCUGGGGCAGCCCCCGGUCCCGCGUGUCCCGUAACGGCACCGGAAGAAGCUGGGACACGGUCCCGCGUGGGGCUGGCCCCGAGGAGAGCCAAGCGCUUUGCCUCGGUGCCGCGGUACGUGGAGAUGCUGGUGGUGGCAGAUGAGUCCAUGGCCCAGUUCCACGGUGCGGGGCUCCGGCGGUACCUGCUCACGGUGCUGGCGGCGGCUGCCCGCUCCUUUCGGCACAGCAGCCUGGGCAACGCGGUGGAGCUGCGUGUGACACGGCUGGUGGUGCUGGGCCAGGGCACCCCCGGGCCCCCCUCCACGUCCAACGCUGCUCAGAUGCUCCGUAACUUCUGUCAGUGGCAAAAGGAUCUCAACGUCCCCAAUGAGGACAGUCCCCUCCACUUCGACACCGCUGUCCUCUUCACCCGGCAGGACCUGUGUGGGGCAGCCACCUGUAACACACUGGGCAUGGCUGACGUGGGCACUGUCUGUGACCCCGAGCGGAGCUGUGCCAUCGUGGAGGACGAUGGGCUGCAGUCGGCGUUCACGGUCGCUCAUGAGCUGGGCCACGUCUUCAAUAUGCUUCACGACACCUCGCAGCCCUGCCAGGAGCUGAACAGCCGCUCCGGAGCCACCCGGCGCCUGAUGGCUCCCGUCCUCUCCUCGCUGGAGCCCGGCGAGAUGUGGUCCCCGUGCAGCACCCGCUUCAUCACCGACUUCUUGGACAACGGCCAUGGUCAGUGCCUCCUGGACAAGCCUCUGGAGUGGCUGCAGCUGCCCUCAGCGCUGCCGGGCAGCGUGUACCCGAUACUGCAGCAGUGCCAGCUCGCCUUCGGGCCCGACUCACGGCACUGCGGCGACCUGCAGCCGCCCUGUGCCUCGCUGUGGUGCACCGGCCACGUCGGCGGCCGCUCCGUCUGCCAGACCAAGCACUUCCCCUGGGCCGAUGGGACGCCUUGUGCGCCGGGCAGAGCCUGCAUGGACGGGCUCUGUGUCGGCAGCGGCCGCAUGCAGGAGCUCACUGUGCCCGUGAACGGCGGCUGGGGGCCGUGGGGGCCAUGGGGCGGGUGCUCACGGACCUGUGGUGGUGGCGUCCGGCUCUCCCACCGUGGCUGCACUGCGCCAACGCCUCGCCACGGCGGCCGGUACUGCGAGGGCAAGCGCACCCGCUUCCAGUCCUGCAACGUGGAGGAGUGCCCGGGCAGCACCCCCCUCACCUUCCGGGAGGAGCAGUGUGCCGCAUACAACCAUCGCCCCGACCUCGUGAAGGGGCUCCCGGCCCCCACGGACUGGGUGCCGCGCUACAGCGGUGUCCUUGAGCGGGACCAGUGCAAGCUGACCUGCCAGUCCCAAACCCUGGGUUACUACCACGUGCUGCAGCCAAGGGUGGCCGACGGGACUCCCUGCUCCCCCGAGAGCACAGGGGUGUGCGUGCAGGGCCGCUGCAUCCCCGCCGGCUGUGACCGCGUCAUCGGCUCCAAGAAGAAGUUUGACAAGUGCAUGACGUGCGGCGGCGACGGCUCCAGCUGCACCAAGGUCUACGGAUCCUUCACCAAAGCCCGCUACGGCUACAACGACGUGGUGACCGUGCCGGCGGGGGCCACGCACCUCCUGGUCCGGCAGAUUUCGGCGUCGGGCAGCGAGGACGUGUUCCUGGCACUGCGGCGGCCGAGCGGCAGCUCGCUGCUCAACGGCGGCUACGUCCUGGUGCCGUCCCCGACCGCCGUGGUGCUGGCGGGAGGCGUCACCCUGCGCUACAGCGGGGCCACGGCGGCCACCGAGACGCUGUCGGGCCGGGGGCCGCUGCCUGAGCCGCUGGUGCUGCAGGCGCUGGUGGUGGACGAGCAGCGCCCGCCGCGCCUCAAGUACAGCUUCUUCGUGCCGCGGGCGCAGGGGCGCCCGGCGUCAGCCUGGGAGAAGCAGAAAGCCGAGAUCCUGGAGAUCCUGCGGAGCCGCCGGCGACACAAGUAGCGGCAGGAGCGCGGCCGGGAUCCGGCCGUGCCGGGAGCUGCCCCGGCGGCACCGCAGCGCAUAUUUAUUGGGCUAUUUAUUGCCCGCCGGGAGCGGGGGCACCAGCCACGGGAUGGCACCGGUCAGCCCCCUCGGCAGAGCCCCGGCGGGACGAGCCCGGUGCAGGACACCGCGUCUACCUCAGCCCUCCGCGGGCACAGCUCGGGGGCGACCCCCAGGCAGGGCCCGGGGACCCUCGCUCGGCUCCCCGUCCCCCCCGGCACAGCCGUUAUUUAAAGCUGUUUAUAUAUCUCGCGGCGCCGUUAUUUAAAGCU